AUGUGUGAUAUUGGAAAGUGUAAUCACGGACCAAACCAAAGAUGUCUGAGGUGUAUGAACCGCGACUAUAAAAAACAAGAGGAGGCAAAACAAGCAGCUAAAGCGGCACAACAGAGCGGAGAAACUGCGCCACAAGGUCGCACAUUAAAGCCAGUUGUAUAUACGUUAAGUGGGAAACCUGUUGAGCAGAGCCAAGUGAAGCCACUCAUCAACGAAGACAAAGUAGAAUUAGUGAAUGGACACCAAUUGAAAGAAGUGAAAGGGAGGACUAUCAGGUGGUUGUGUAAACAUCCUCCAGGACAGAAGUGUAGUAACUGUUUAUGCCCUCAUGGAGGAGCAGCGGAGGUGAAGAGGAAGUGUAAUCACCCCCCUUCAAUGCGAUGCCCUAAUUGUUUGCCACCAGACCCCGAAGAACAAAAGAAGAAGGCGCCACCCAGAAUUUACUUUCCAUCUACAUGUCCGAACCAUGGACCACAUGGGUGUUGUACAUUGUGCCUUGCAAAGAUGGAUUACGAGAAAAUCCGAAUUCAAAAAUGUGACGCGACAGUGAGAGUGUGUCGUGUCAACACACAAGAAUUGAAUAGGUUCCAGAAGUAUAUUCUUGAGCGUAAUUUCUAUGUCAAUCGGAUUGGUAUUCUAUUUGGCGAGUUCGCUAAAAACAAUAACGUGAGAGUCGAGGCCAUUUAUGAGCCACCACAAGUGCAAGAAGACAACGGGGAUUUCGUUUUUAAGGACCAAGCUAUCAUUGCAAACGUCGAUAAGAUGAUGGCUGAGUUGGGGUUGUCGAAGGUCGGUGUCAUAUACUCGCAUAACGGAAAACGCAAAGAGAUUUUAACAAGUCGUGAAGCAAUCGCAGCAGCACAAAGACAAAUAGACUGGAACCCUAAUUGCUUGACACUUGUUGUGUCCCCAGAUAAGAACGCAAGUAAGGUGGAAUGCUAUCAAGUGUCUGAACAAUUGGUCGAUUUGGUUAAAAAGGCGUUGGUACAGCCAACACAAGCAGACAAUAACUCCAUUUUACUCAAAGAGUCGGUCUAUUUGUCACAGAAGGAGAUCAUGGAAGUCGAGCCUGUUGUCUUUGUGUGUAAUGUCGGAAUGCAGGAAUCAAGAAGAACCAAUUCUUCUUGA